AGCAGAGGAGUGCCGAGCCCUUGCCAAGCGCCGGGGAGCUGGUGCCCCCCUAAACCAGCAGGGACGGGGAGCAGCGGCCAGGCAGGAGCAGCCGAGGACCAGCCCCGGGGCUUUCUGCACCGACGCCGUCGGCGAUGCGAGCGAUGGCAGACCAGGCUGCGGCAGCGGCGGAUGCCUCUCCAACCCUGGUACCGUCCCCGGGCUCGCCUCGGCGUGGGGACACUGAUGGGCUAACGCUCCAUCCCACCGCCACCAGGGAGGACGGCGGCGGACGGGACGGCUGCGGGCUUGUUUUCGCCGUGGACGGGGACACAAAGCCUCUCCCCUCGCCCCAGCCCGGGGGGAUGCUCCUGGCCGACCUCCCGCGGACCCCCCAGCCCCGGCUGAGCCCGGCCAAGUCCCGCACGGCCCCGUCCUCCCCCAGCAUCUCGCCGUCGGAGAGCCGUGCCGCCCUGCUCCGGCUGCGGGAGGCCAGGCUGGAGGACACCAAGAGACGGCUGUCGGAAGCCGUGCAGGAGCCCCUCAGCCGGCUCAGCCGGCUCAUGGCCGAGGAGAGCGGCCCCAUGCCCCGGGCAAAAGCAGGUGCCGGGGGGCAGGAGGCGGGGGGCAGCCCCGGGCAGAUGGGGGGCCGCGGGGCUGGGGGCCGCCGGACACGGGACUGGAGCCCCUGGGAGCCCAUCCUGAACUGCCGCUACGAGAUCUGCUCCUACGGGGACGUGAUCCAGGUGGUGGAGGUGGCACAGCGGGAUGCUGAACCCCAGCUGCCGCCCCCCGAGGAGCCGCCACCGGCACGGCCGGGGGGCACGGUGCCGGGCAGAGCCCUCGCCUUCAUCGCCCUCCUCGCCUACGGCUACUUCGUCCUGCCGCUGCCACCCUACGCCGCCGGCCUCUGCCUGGGACUCAUCUGCGGGCUGGUGCUGGGCUUCCUCGCCGUCCUCCUCCUCGUCUCGAAGUGUCCGCUGGUGGCACGGGGACCGCGGGGCCACCUGCGCCCCAAGCUGCUCCUAGGCGAGCCGCAGGAAACCCACCGCCUCCAGGGCUGGAUGAACCAGCUGCACAUCUACGACCCCGAGCUUUUCCACCCCUCCCUCACGCACUCGGUGCUCGCCACACUGGAUGGGGCCACCCUCAAGCUGUCCUACCCCAAGAGCAACAUCCCGCGCCGAGCCACCUUCGAGGAGGAAAUCCUCGACGCCACUUUCGUCAGCCACCGCUGCUACAACCUGACUGAUGCCAAGGUCUUCCUCUGCCCCCCCAGCCUGGCCCGAAAGCGGACUUGGAACAAGAAAUACCCCAUCUGCGUUCUUCUCCCCAACCCAGCGGAGGUGGAGUGCAGGAGCAGCGAGGAGCACGACACAGAGCUGCAGAGGGAUGAAGGGACAAAGAAGGCGCUGGUGCUGGGGCAGGACGUCCCGGGAGACUGCAGGGAGAGGUGCCUGUACCUCUUCGGGCGGACAGGGAGGGAGAAGGAGGAGUGGUACCAGCACCUCAUGCAAGCCUCCCGCGGGACACCCAGCAGCAGCCACGGCGAAGCCAGGGCAGGCGUGGGACCAGCUCUGCGGAGCAGCGGCGGCAGCAGCGGAGGGAGCACCGAGGACAUCCCCUCUGCUGUCCCACCCAAGGACCUGGAGGGAAGCGUCCGACAGAAGAUUUUCUUGGAUUACAGCACCUACAUGGCCCGAUUCGUGCCAGCGCAGGUGGGGAGCAGCCUGGACCAGAGCCCCCCUCAUGGAGCGCUGGGCAGCCCCACGCCCACAAAGCUCGGCGAGGACACGGCCAGGCGCGGUGAGACGUGCAUGGCCUGGAUGAACGCACUGGUGGGGCGCAUCUUCUGGGACUUCCUCCGGGAGCAAUACUGGGCCGAGCAAGUGUCCAGCAAGAUCCAGAAGAAGUUGAGCAAGAUCAAGCUCCCAUAUUUCAUGAACGAGCUGACGCUGACGGAGCUGGACAUGGGUACAUCCAUCCCCUUGGUCCUCAGCGCCUCGAACCCCACCAUCAAUGACCGAGGGCUCUGGGUGGACAUGGAGGUCACCUACAGCGGCUCGUUGCAGAUGACACUCGAGACGAAGAUGAACCUCUGCAAGCUGGGGAAGGAGAGCGCUGCAGAGGACAGUGGCCUGGCAGAGGCAGCUGGAGAGGGGGCCAGGCCACGGCUGAUCCUGCUGGCAGACAGCGAUGCAGAGUCCUCCAGCGCUGGCUCCUCCGACGAGGAAGACGUCACCGUUACGGAGCCUGCGGGAGCCCUGGGGGAGCGGGUCCCGCCGCCUGGCACCGAGGGCCAUGUCAGUGGCAACAGCACAAGCCGGAAGAUCCUGCGCUUUGUGGAUAAGAUCGCCAAGUCCAAGUACUUCCAGAAGGCCACUGAAAACGAGUUUAUCAAAAAGAAGAUCGAGGAGGUCUCCAACACGCCGCUGCUCCUGACAGUGGAGGUGCAGGAGCUGGCAGGCACCUUGGCCGUGAAUGUUCCCCCGCCGCCGACGGACCGUGUCUGGUACAGCUUCCGAGUCCCACCUCAGCUGGAGCUGAAGGUGCGCCCAAAGCUGGGUGAGCGGGAGGUGACAUUCCUCCAUGUCACCGAGUGGAUCGAGAAGAAGCUGCAGCAUGAAUUUCAGAAAAUUUUGGUGAUGCCAAACAUGGACGAUCUCAUCAUUCCCAUCAUGCGCUCUGGCCUGGAUCCUCAGCCACCCACGGGGGGACUGCCCAGGGACCUACCAGCCAAGGGAGAGAAGAGGCUCUGAAGCGCAGCCCCACGGGCAGGGCAGAGACACUGCACAGAGCUCAGGGACCUCGCUGGGACACGGGGCCAGCCAGGGCCUGGCCACUGACUGCAUCCAGGGCUAUGCCGUGGGGUCUGAGCUUCUCGGUUCAUCUCAUCCUCAGCACUUUUUGUAGAUGAGCCUCCUCCUUAAAUACUGCAAGCACACGUUCAGAGCAGAACCAGGCACAGGGCAAGGGGUCUGCAGGAGACCCAAGAACUUCAUGCACCUCCUACCAGGUUCCCAGGACUCCUGGUCAAGGGGGCAGCUCUGGACCAGCGGAGGGCUGGGCUUUCCACUGUCUGGUUCCCAAAGAGGGUGCAGGACGCCCAGACCAGUUCUGCACUGAAGGAGUUGUGAUCGCCGCUGAUCCAAGACAUCACAGCUCCAAGAUGCAUCACACCCUCCCCGCAGGCAGCUGGACUGCAAGGAAAACAUGGGUGGGAAAUGAGUUCAAAAUCUGAAUAAAUCCAUCACUGCCCAGUCUUA